AUGACUCCUCUCCGUCUCCUAGCCUCCUUUUCCAUCCUGUCCAACCUCGCACUAGCCGACUGCGAGUGCGGAUACUCGAUAAUAACGACCUCUGAUAAUAAGAGAUAUCUCUUCACGGACAUAUUAGAGAGCGACUUCAUUCACUUGGAUAUCACGGACGGAUCACAGAAGUACGGUGAAUAUGGGUGGGCACGGCAAGACUUCAACAUGUCUAGCGAGGUGGCACGGGGUCCCUAUGGCGAAUCAUACUCGCCACAAAAUGCGAUAUCAAACAACAUUGCCAAUGAACAAGUGUUUGAGGGGUCUGGGACAAAAGGAGGCGAUGCUGGCCUCAACCUCGUCGUCAAGAGCGAGAUCCAAGAUGGCAUGGUCACCGGCGCCGACGUUUCCACAACGGAUACCCAUUACUUUCACGGAACCUUCAGAGCUGGUAUCAAGGUCACUGAUAUUCCAGGGACAUGUAGUGCUUUCUUCUGGUAUAUGAACGAUACUCAAGAGAUUGAUAUCGAGUUCUUGUCGUGGGAGUUCAAUAGAAAUAACAACACCUUCCCAGUUAAUCUCGUCCUCCAAUCUCAAGAGUCAAAGGAUGCCGGGUUUGACGCCUCGAAAACCGGCGACUUCAGGAAAAUCAACUUGCCAUUCGACCCUACAGCAGCUUUUCACGAGUAUCGAAUCGACUUUCUACCGGACCGAGUACUAUUCUACGCGGAUGCCGAACUGCUCACGGAGAUGAACGGGACAGGGGUGCCGACUACCGCCGGCAACCUCCAAGUAUCGCACUGGAGCAACGGCAACGUAGGCUGGUCGCAAGGACCGCCGAAAUCAGACGCUACAACUACGGUUAGCUACGUGAAGGCAUACUUCAACUCAUCUUUAGAAUCUAGACAGGACGACUAUAAGAUGCGCUGUAAAGACCCUACGGCUGCUACGGCGGUCUGCGCCAUCCCGGAAAACAACGCCACGUUCUUCUUCAGCAACGCCGAUAACAUGACGCCCAACCAGACAACGUAUCACGAGAACAACUCCGGACGAUCGAAGCAGUGGUCACCUCUGUUUACUAUGGCUCUAGCAAUUAGUGUGUGGAUGUUUAGGCUGUGA